UUUCAGUUUUUGAUAUACUUAUAUCUUACAAUAUUUUAAUAUUCCCAAUUUACACAAAUCCCAUUUUAUCUCUUUAUCUAACUCAGUAUAAUAUCUAUAACGAAAAGAAUAGAAGAGGACAUUCUCAAUUCUUCUUAAAUAUUGUCAGAAAUAUAAUACAGCAAGAUGUUUGUUUACGAGUUUAUGGCUGGAAUAGUUGAGCAUAUAACUGGAGGCGAGGAAGAGGAAUCUUUCGACCCACAUGAACACCGCAGAGUAGAGAGACCGACGACUUAUUCAGACACGAUGACGCAUCUGCUGAAGGGUAGUAUAGGAGCUGGCAUCCUCGCCAUGGCGGACGCGGUCGCCCGUGUCGGAAUUGUUUUCAGUAUUUUUGGCAUUUUAAUGAUUGGAUCCUUCGCUACUUACUGCAUACAACUUUUAAUAGCAACUCAGUAUAAAUUGUGUAAGAGAUUCAAACGCGGUUAUCUGGCCUAUCCUAAAUCCAUGCUUUUUGCUAUCCAAGAAGGACCCCCGUGCCUCAGGUGGUCCGCCAGAUCACUUUAUUACUUUGUUGAUUCUGUGUUGAUCCUUUGGCAACUCGGUAUUUGCUGUAUAUACUGUGUCUUUGUCGCUGAAAAUAUAAAACAGGUUUGUGAUUUCCACGGACAAGUAAUGUCUUUGAGAACACACCUUUUUUUUCUGUUAUUGCCGCUCACGCUCAUGGGACUCGUGAAAAACCUCAAACUGUUGACUCCAUUUUCUUCUAUAUCAAACAUAGUUACUAUAUUUGGGUUUGUUCUUGUCUUCUUUUAUUUAAUUGAAGAUGAUGUUACUAUAGAAGAUGAAAAGUUACAAUUGAAGGGACUCGAAGAGAUUCCAUUCUUUAUUGGCACGACAUUGUUUGCCCUCGAAGCUGUGGGUGUGGUCCUGGCUUUGGAAUACAACAUGGAGCAACCAAAACGUUUUGUAGGACUCUUUGGUCUUUUCAACAUUGGCAUGGUUAUCAUUAUGUCACUCUAUUUGCUGAUGGGGAUUUUUGGUUAUCUCAAGUAUGGAGACGAGAUAAAAGCGUCUAUAACCUUGAAUCUACCCCAAAAUCAAAAGAAAGCGCAAGCAGCAAAAGUGAUAUUUGCAAUGGCAAUAUUUUUGACAUUUCCACUGCAGAAUUUUGUUGCCUAUAGCAUUAUCUAUCGUAAGAUACACAAAAAAGUAUCAGGAACGAAACUUUUAAUUUUAGAUUACUUACUACGUGUAGCACUCGUAGUUCUUCCUUGGUUGGCUGCAGUAGCUGUGCCGAAACUGGGACCAUUCAUAGCUUUGUUUGGUGCUUUCUGUCUGUCCCUUCUAUCUAUGGUGUUUCCCGGCAUCAUGGACGCCUGCGUCUGGUACACUGAUAGUUACGGCCUGUGCCGCUACCGACUCAUUCGUGAUAUAUUCAUCGUGUUAAUCGGCCUCGCAUUUCUCAUCUCUGGUUGCUACACAAGCUUACUAGAAAUUGCUGCUUCUUCCGACCACUGAUUUGAUGGAAAUGUACUAAUUGUUAUUAAAUUUUGUGGAAUUAA